UUGGUUCCGGGCCAGAGUGGGCGGGGCGCGGCGGUCCGGCCUAUAAAGGAGCCUCAGGGCGCCCUCCUGGGUUUGCGUCUGCGUCUCCUGCGGCGUCUUCUGUUUCGCUUGCUACCCUCGCCGUCCGGGCAGGAGCGCGUCCCCGAGAGUCAUGGUGACGAAGGCCGUGUGCGUGUUGAAGGGCGACGGCCAAGUGCAGGGCACCAUCCACUUCGAGCAAAAGGGAGAUACAGUCGUGGUAUCGGGAUCCAUUACAGGCUUGACUGAAGGCGAUCAUGGAUUCCAUGUCCAUCAGUUUGGAGAUAAUACACAAGGCUGUACCAGUGCAGGUCCUCACUUUAAUCCUCUAUCCAAAAAACAUGGUGGGCCAAAGGAUGAAGAGAGGCAUGUUGGAGACCUGGGCAAUGUGAAAGCUGACGAAAAUGGUGUAGCCACAGUGUAUAUUGAAGAUUCAAUAAUCUCACUCUCAGGAGACCAUUCCAUCAUUGGCCGCACAAUGGUGGUCCAUGAAAAACCAGAUGACUUGGGCAGAGGUGGAAAUGAAGAAAGUACAAAGACAGGAAAUGCUGGAAAUCGUUUGGCCUGUGGUGUAAUUGGGAUCGCCCAGUACAUUCCCUAGGAUGUCGUCCGAGUCCUAGUAACUCAUCUGUUAUCUUGCUAGUUGUAGGAAUUUAACUUGAUAAACAUUAAACUCUGUAACCUUAAGUGUAAUUUGUGUGACUUUUUUUUUAAUUGCUUUAAGUACCUGUAUUGAGAACUGAUUUAUCAUCACUUGGAAGAUUUGUGUAAUUUUAUAAAACUCAUACUCAAUUAAAAUGUUUGUUUCAAUGAUCUCUGUAUUUUGCCAGACUCAGUAACAUGGAUAUUACUUAACUGUCUGAAUUUCUUCGAUUCUCAAACCUGCAAUAAACACUCUGUGGCACUGUA